AUGAGACCUAUUGUGCUUAUGGGACACGAACGUCCACUUACCCAAGUGAAAUACAACAGAGAAGGUGAUUUACUAUUUUCUUGCUCCAAGGAUAAUUUUGCCUCCGUUUGGUAUUCUGUCAAUGGUGAAAGACUAGGUACGUUGAACGGUCAUGCCGGUACCAUUUGGUCCAUCGAUGUGGAUAAAUUCACUGAAUAUUGUGUGACUGGGUCCGCCGAUUAUAGUAUUAAGAUGUGGAAAGUGGAAACUGGUGAGAAUGUUUAUUCUUGGGAUUCCCCCGUUCCAGUGAAAAAUGUCUCUUUUUCUCCAUGUGGGAAUUAUGUAGCAGCUGUUCUUGAUAACGUUAUGAAAUAUCCAGGGUCCAUUAACAUUUAUCAAUUAAAGAGAAAUCCAGAGACUAAUGAAAUUAUUGAAUUUGUGGAGGAACCAAUACAUAAGAUUGAAACUCAAGAAGGUUUAUCCGCAGCCGUUUCAGCUGAUUGGUCCACUGAAGGUAAAUUCAUUAUUGCUGCUCAUAAGGAAGGUGAAGUUUCCAAAUAUGAUGUGGAUAAUGGGUUGCAAUUUGUAGAAUCCAUUAAAUUGCAUAAGGCAUUGAUUACAGAUUUACAAUUUUCACCUGAUAGAACAUAUUUCAUUACAUCUUCAAGAGAUUCUCAUGCUCAUAUAGUGGAUGUGGAAACUCUUGCUGUCUUAAAAGAUUUCGAAAUUGAUUGUCCAUUAAACACAGCAUGUAUUACUCCAUUGAAAGAAUUUGUCAUUCUUGGUGGUGGUCAAGAUGCUAGAGAUGUUACCACUACCAGUGCUAGUGAAGGUAAAUUUGAAGCUAGAUUCCAUCAUAAGAUUUUUGAAGAAGAAAUUGGUAGAGUCAAAGGUCAUUUCGGUCCAUUAAAUUGUGUUGCUGUGAGUCCUCAAGGUACAUCGUAUGUGUCUGGUGGGGAAGAUGGUUUAGUGCGUCUGCAUCAUUUUGAAAAAUCUUACUUUGACUUCAAAUAUGAUGUUGAAAAGGCUGCUGAAGCAAAGGAACAUAUGCAAGAAGCGGAAUAA